AUGAUUCUUCGAAAAUCGGAACUAUUAUAUCCGACCUUGCUGAUACUGUUUUUGGGGCUUACAGCGGAACCGCAGGGUCACGAUGAAAAUUGGAUACAAAUUCCAACCGCGUCCGGGGAGAUGAUUUGGAUUCCUCGACAGGCGGUCGCAAGUCAACCACGCUUUAAAAUGGACUUUCAGGAGUCGGAUGCAGAUUUUGUGUUCUUCUCUCGAAACAAACCAGAUGGGAAAAUAGUUCGUCUAGAUGGUAUCGAGUAUUUGCACGAUGAACUAUUCAACGGAUCUCGUCCUACCCGGAUUCUAGUGCAUGGCUGGCUUAACGAUCGCCACUCUCCGAUGAGCGUGAACAUUUGUGAUACAUAUUUAAUCGGUUGGGACUUUAACGUUAUCGUAGUAGAUUGGUCCAAAUGCGCAAAUCGGUUGAACUACAUAACUGCGGCAUCCUGCGUCAAAGCGGUUGGCAAAUUAUUGGCAAGAAUGUUAGAAUCAUUAUAUACUUACAAAGGACUGUCGUUAGAUGACGUUUAUCUGAUUGGCCACAGUUUAGGAGCUCAUGUAGCGGGAAUAGCAGGGAAAUCAUUGAAGCGAGGAAAUCUAUCCACGAUUGUAGCGCUGGAUCCAGCUCUACCGUUAUUCUCUUUACAGGAUGUCGAGAAUCGAGUUGAUAUCGAUGAUGCAGCUUAUGUGCAAGUGAUUCACACUAACGGUGGGUUCUUAGGAUUCUUAGAUCCAAUUGGAAUGGCAGAUUUCUAUCCCAAUGGAGGCGCAACCCAACCUGGUUGCGGACUGAAUUUUGCAGGAAUUUGCGCACAUUCACGCGCCUGGCAGCUGUUUGUGGAAUCCUUGAUGGAACCCGAGGAACAUUUACUCGCUCAGCCAUUCUACGCCUUACAAGAACUGCCUGGUGUGGAAAAAAAUAACGUCGUAGGAACGAAACUUGGCGGUGAACCCUCCAACCAGGCCACUGGAAUGUAUUAUAUCGACACGAAUGCUCAGAGUCCAUAUUUUGGACCGCCUUAA